AUGCACGGAAAACGGGUUGCUCCGGUUGAUUACACGCUUUACUUGGAAUAUCCGCCGGCGGCGCCACAGUGCAAUGUGCGCGGUCUUCCAGAGCCGGGCAACGCAUGGCCAUCGACGGCGGGCUCGCCGCCGUACUUCUUCUUUUUCUCAGACAAAGAGUGCAACGCCCACACGGACGCCAAACGGACGCGUGAGAAGAAUACUGCCGAUCCGGAACUGGACGACUUCACGCGGCACCAUCGAUUCGUGCUGAAAAGACGAAAGGAGGUGGAGGAUGCCAGGGUGUGUUAUGAAGAGCAUGCAGGAACAGGGCGUAUGCGAAGCCCAUGGAUGAAAUUUGGCACCCCAAAAACACCAGCAGCAGCCACAGCCUUGACGGAAAAUUGCGGAGAAGGGCAAGACAGCAGUGGUUCUUCCCAGCUGCUGAAGAGCGCCAGUGCGCAUGGUUUUAGCGAGACGAUGUCUUCGCUGACAUUGACGCAACGCCUCAUAUCGACUGCCACUGUUGGAUCCCGACGACCGGAUUCUUCGCCUUUGACGAGGAUCGAAUCACAGAAGGCGCGUCAACCCACGACUGAGAUGUCUUUAUCGCAGCGACCGCUGCGGGUUCAGGUGCAUCAAACAUGCCUCAUAGUUCGAGAUCAGCCAACGAACCCCGUGUUGGAGCCACUGUUUAAGGCCUCUACUUGGCGCAUUUUGCCGCACAAGCCGAAGUGGAAAUUGGAUGAGGCCAAUCAAAUAACUCGCCAUUAUGACGAGCGUCUUUUGCGCUUCUUACGUGAGGGUGUCGCUUGCUAG